CAUGUCAAAUUCCACCAAUCAGCAGUCGCGGCUCUCAAUUCGAACGCUAACCUUCCGAAGAAGUUAAAACAGUUGUUCUUUUGCUGCCUUGUUUUCCUAAUUUAGUCAAGUACUUCAUUGUAGAGAAAGAAAGUAAAAAUUAUCGUGAAUUAUAUGCUCUGAUCUUGAGCCAUGAGAGAGCGAGAGAGAGUCCAGAAGAAGUCCUUCCAGGAGAGUCUGGAGGACAUCAAGGAGAGGAUGAAGGAGAAGAGGAACAAACGGCUGGCUAAUGCUGCAGCUCCAAGCAGGGGGCGGUCAAGAAUUAUAAACAAAACCACCGCACCCAGUUCUGCACAAACCAUCCUUAAAGGUGUGCAGCAGAACAAUAAGGCGCUAGCCGUGGCCCUGCAAACUGAGAAGGAGAAAGUGAGGCAGGCCAACGCAGUGAUCCUGCAGCUGAAGAGGGAGCAGCAAGCCAUGUUCCUUCACCUGCUUCUGCUCAAGAGGAAGCUCAAAGAACAGGAAGCCUUAGCAAUAAGUGCUUCACAGACUAAACCAGCAGGGAUCCAAGAGGAAACCCCAAACGUUCAGAAUUUACCAAGGAGGAAGGGAAGCAGCCAUCAGCUCAUUACGUGUGAUGCUUCACCAAUUUGUGCAGAUUCCCCCCAUUUUAAAAAGAAUGGACUCAUUCACUGUGACGAAGAGGUUAUUUUGCCAUCCACGGUGGGUGUGAGGCGUCGGAACGCCGACAGAAGAAGCAGGAGGCAGCCUGAGCGUGUGCAAGAACAACGGUUGUUGAGCAACGCAGACCCAGUUGCUGUUCUCAGAGCUAUAAUACCAAGCCCUAUUCGCAGUGACAGUGGAGAUCCGAAUCAAAACCACCAAGGAGCUGAACCAGAGGCAGGAGAUGUCAGUGACACCGAGGAGUUGCACCACUCUACUCCUGAGCCAGUCCGUCCUAAAAAAACACAACCGCAGCCUGGUAGGAAACAAACCCAGCCACAGCCUCGCUCCAAUCGAGAACCAGCUUCACGGAAACCCGACAGAGGCCGCAAACCCGAUCGUGUCCUGUUAAAGAAACCCUGGGAGAAUCCCAAACCCAGAGCCCGCUCCAAGAGUCGGGACCGCUCGGCCACACGGAGCAAAGCAGCUCCUCCUCCGCAGAGCAACAAGCUUAACACCUCGCUGGGAUUCAAUGACACGUUUGACUUUGACUGUGAAGAAACGGUCCACAUUACGCCGUUUAAGGCAAAAGCUGAGGAGAAUCAGCCUGCCACAUCCAUUAAUGAAGAGAACCAAGCAGAAGUCUCUGGGGCUGUUCCCAAACAGAGCAAAUCCAGCUCAUCAUCACCAUCCUCAGAAUCAGAGGACAGCUUGUAUGUCCCUCAGAAGACGAGGCGGAGACGGUCUUCUCCCGUUAAAACCAAAGUCAUCGCCACUCGCAGAGGUCGGCAUUCACAGGUUGUCAGGAAAAAGGAAAACAUUCCUCCAACUCCAGAGAUCUCUGUCUUCAGGGAUGAAGAGUCGAACUUCAAGGUGGCAGAUUCUGGAAAGGAUCCUCCGAGGGACGACAUUGAGGGUUUCCCUACUGUGAGCCCUCUGUUUGAGGCCGAGAUGAUGAGAAUAGACACCGUCCUGUCCAAUUUUGGAGAACCCUCUUGUGAAGGUUCUUCUCUUUCAUCAAGCCAAAAACUAAGUCUUAAAACAUGCCAGAAACGUGGGGCUGGUGUAAGGUCAGCAGGGCGGGGCUUGAGUCUGUGUGAUGUGACCAAUAUGUCCCCCGCAGCCUACCGUAAUUUCUCCUGCAGUGGUCCACGCCGCUCUGAUGCUAACGCUCGCAAACGCCGCUGCACCAUGACGGUAGACUAUAAGGAGCCCUCAUUAAAUGCAAAACUUCGCCGCGGGGACAAGUUUACAGACCUGCAGUUCCUCCGCUCUCCUGUUUUCAAACAGAAGUCUGGCAGGAGGUCUGUGCAGAAAUCCAGGAAGUCUUGCAGCCAGCAGCCGUUUGAGAAAUAUAAUGAGUCUUUUGUUGGAUGCCACUGAAAGCAUCUUGUUUGACAUUUGUUUCCUUAGAGGAUCCUCAUUUUUAAAUCUCUGAAGGAGAGGAAGUGUGAUGGAAUUUUUUAUUGUAAAUUUCUCUUUUCUUGUAUUUGUCUCGCCUUAAAUGUAUUUGGAUAUUCUCCAAAGAUGGUGAGAUUAUCAUCAUUUUAAUCUAUAAUUAGAUCCAACAUCAGUGUAACGUUAAUUUUUAAUUGUGCUCUAUGUGACAAUAAACUUUUAAAAUUAA